AUGGAUCCAGCCACAGAGCAACUCAUCCAAGGACAAAACACACAGGCUAAAAGCCUCGUCGACCUCCCACCAGAGCUCCGCAACUACGUUUACGACUUCUUCCUCCACUCUAGCCUCGUCGAGCUCAGGGUUGGCCAGAUCUUCGAGCCAGGUCUUCCCCAUACAAAUCGCCAGAUCCGAGCAGAGUCCCUACAGCUCUUCUAUACCGACUCCACUUUCCGCACUCAAGACCAGAACGCAGCCAAAGGGUGGAUUCAUGUGCUGCCCCUUGAGCAGAGGCAAUUGCUCAAGCGACUCGAGAUCUUUACCAUGGACUACAUAAGUCGGGCAGAAGCAUUUUGGGACCCGGCCGUCUGGGUCUUGGCGAUGAGAGGACUUGCUCAACACCUCGGACGAUCGACUAGAGGUCUUGCUUCUGGCGUGCUACAUUACCCUACGGUGGACGGAGAGGGCGACGAAGCGAUCUAUCUGCCUCGUGAGAAAUGGGCUGGAGAGCUGACAUGGUGCAGAGCAGACUCAGCCAAGAAGUGA